UCAUUUUUGCUUAAUUAUUUUGUAAACAUUUUCAUAGCAGCUUAAUAAAUUUAUACUGUUUGUCUGUAAAAUAUGAAAUAAACUAAAAAAAAGUAAAGAAAAAAUAAAUAUCUUAAAUUCUUGAAGUAAUAAAGAAAACAUUGAAAUGGAUGAUCUAAAUCCCCUUGCCGGUACAGCGCAUCUAUUGGAAGAAGUGGACAAAAAACUGAUGGUACUAUUGCGCGAUGGACGCACGCUAAUUGGUUACUUGCGCUCGGUAGAUCAAUUCGCUAAUUUGGUGCUACAUCGGACCAUCGAACGUAUACAUGUAGGCAAUGAAUACGGUGAUAUACCGCGCGGCGUAUUCAUCAUACGGGGUGAGAAUGUCGUGUUGCUGGGAGAAAUUGAUCGUGAAAAAGAAUCGAAACUGCCACUAAAAGAGAUUUCGGUUGAUGAAAUAUUGGAUGCACAGCGUAGGGAACAAGAACAGAGGCAAGAAAAACAUCGGCUUAUAUCAAAAGCUUUGAAGGAACGUGGCUUAGCGGUGAAUACAGAUAUAAUCAAUGAAGACUUUUGUUAAGUAACUGUUAAUAAUUGCACAUUUUAAGAAGAUAAAUAAUCAUAUAUUGUAAACAACAAA